AUGCUCUGGAUCCGUUGGCUGGACAAUCACGAUGACGUGAAUUCGUUGUUGGAGCAAUUGUCGGACAGUACCAAAGACAUAGUGGUUAGCGAUAGCGAGGGGAGUAGUCCCGCCGGUGGCGAUAGUCCCGACGUGGACGUGGGCGGUCCCGAGUGUUCCGAGGUGGUGGUUCCCGAAACUCCGGACGGUAGCGAGAGUGACGGGGACGAGAGCGACGGGUCCGAGAGCUGCAGCGAUACUAGCGCUUGCAGUGAUUCCGGCAGUGACAGCGAUGCCAGUAGCGUUUUGAGUGACACUAGCAUGGACUAUAGCUGCGACGAAGUGUUCCUGCCCAACGAUGCUAGCAGUUCUAGCGACAGUGAUGGCGAGGACGGCACUUCUACCUGCGAGGUGGGCGAUCCGACCAUGUACUCGGACAUAAGCGAUGCUGAGGAGGACGAGGGUGGUGAAAAUUGUGAGGAAUCGGUGAGGAAGUCGCCGGCCGCCGGUGUCUGCGAAUACUCCGACAUCAGCAGUGACGAGGACGAGAGCGAGUACGUGAUGCCGGGUAGCAGUCCCGCGCGCCCCCGAUUCGAUUAUCCCGACACGGACGGUCACAUUGGGAAUUGGUUGCCGAUGGUGUACGGCGCUCCCUGGAUUCACGACGACCCGACCGACUGUGCCGAGACUGACGUGAAUUGUUCUCCGUUCGAUUAG